UCAGCGAGUACUCAUUUGGAACAUUUAUGUAAAUUAACUAUUCGAGAACCACCAAGAUUAGUGCGAAAAACUGGAAUUAUAUGCACUAUUGGACCAGCUUGUCGAAGUAUUGAAAUGCUGCAAGAAAUGAUCGUUUGGGGUAUGAAUAUUGCUCGAAUGAAUUUUAGUCAUGGUUCACAUGAGUAUCAUGCUGGAACAAUCGCAAAUGUUCGCGCUGCAGCAGAAAGUUUCAGUGAGAAGCGUGUCGUUGCUAUUGCACUUGAUACGAAAGGUCCGGAAAUUCGAACUGGUCUUCUCAAAGGGGUGGAAUUAGUCAAAGGUGCAAGUAUUCGAUUAACCACCGAUAAAUCGAUUGAGAAUUCGGGUACUGCGAUUAAUAUUUAUGUGGAUUAUAAAAAUAUAACCAAAGUUCUUUCGGUUGGUUCCCGAGUGUAUAUUGAUGACGGUCUUAUCUCGCUUAUUGUCGAUGAAAUCGGAACGGAUGCUUUGAUUUGCACCGUCGAGAAUGGAGGAAUGUUGGGUAGUCGUAAAGGUGUAAAUCUUCCAGGUGCUACAGUUGACUUGCCGGCUGUUUCUGAUAAAGAUCUUAAAGAUUUGCAAUUUGGAGUCGAACAGGAAGUUGAUAUUAUUUUUGCUUCCUUUAUUCGAAAUGCUGAAGGAAUACGUACUAUUCGAAAAGUACUCGGAGAGAAAGGAAAAAAAAUCAAAAUUAUUGCCAAAAUCGAAAAUCAAGAGGGUGUUGACAAUAGUGAUGAAAUAAUAGAAGCGGCUGACGGAGUUAUGGUUGCACGUGGUGAUUUGGGUAUUGAAAUCCCAGCUGAAAAAGUGUUUCUAGUCCAAAAAAUGUUAAUAUCAAAAUGCAAUCUUGCUGGAAAACCCGUCAUUUGCGCAACACAAAUGCUUGAAUCGAUGAUUAAAAAGCCACGACCAACUCGUGCUGAAGGAAGUGACGUUGCGAACGCAGUGUUGGAUGGUGCAGAUUGCGUAAUGCUUAGUGGAGAAACCGCAAAAGGAGAUUAUCCACUAGAAGCGCUUAAAAUAAUGCAUCAAAUCUGUAAAGAAGCUGAGGCAGGUCUUUAUCACACAAAGUACUUUGAAGAGCUUCUUCGCGUGACUCCUAAACCGACUGAUGUUUCGCAUACUCUCGCGAUCGCUGCAACAUCGGCUGCUGUUUCAUGUCACGCCAGUGCCAUAAUUUUAGUUACCACUACUGGACGUACGGCUGCAUUUAUCUCUCGAUAUCGUCCACCCGUACCAAUCUUUGCUAUAUCCCGUGAUGCACGCGCUGUUCGUCAACUACAUCUCUGCCGUGGAGUAUUUCCCUUGUAUUAUGAAAAUUGGCCAACAGAUGUUGAUAAUCGCAUAAAUUAUGGUAUAAAUGUUGGAAAGAAUCGAGGUUUCAUCCACAAAAAUGAUAUACUUGUUGUAGUAACUGGAUGGAGACAAGGUGCGGGUCAUACGAACACUCUACGCAUAAUCACAACUCCAUGA